AUGUCACUUGCUCUAAGUAAAAGGGAAAAUGAUAAGGAAGAUGACUUUACAUCACUGGCUUUAUGGAAAGAAGAAAAUGAUAAGGAGGACAAGUUUGAAGACGCCUAUGAAACUAUCCCUGCAGCAACAACAAUGACUCUAAUGUCUUCCCUGGAAGAAUGCACAACUGGAUUGUAUUUAUUUCUAAAUAACAGAUUCUCAGAUGCUAUAAAUCUCAUUCACCCAUGGUCAAAUAACAGCAUUUACCAUGCUCUAAUUUAUAGUAUCCUUAUGGUUGUCAAAGCCGUUUUGACUUUUGAUCCACAGGAUAUAGAGGUUGGGAUGACUGCUACAAAGGAAGCUUUGAGAACCUGUAACAAUUUCCGAAGAAAAGCUAGGAUGAUAAGUUUUUCUCGUCUAGUGAGUAAACAUGGAAUAAAGUCUGUCAAAGAAGAGGAAUUGCAUGCAGAAGUCUGCUAUGCUGAGUGUUUGAUCUUCAAAUCCACUGUAACAUUUAUGCAGGAUGAGAGUAUACUUGGUUUCCUUAAAAGUGGAAUCAGCCUUGGGUUAAGUCACCAAAUAUACAAAGACUGUCAACAAAUAUUAACACAGAUACCUAACAAACAAAGCAAAACCUACAGACACUUAGUGGGAGGAGUAAAAUUUGGUCUUGGAGCAUUCAAUUUGAUGUUAUCACUUGUGCCACCAAAGACACUUAAAUUACUCGAUAUUGUCGGAUAUUAUGGUAAUAAAGAUGUAGGCUUGUCUUUGCUUCAUGAGAGUGCAUCCGAAUCCCAUGUAAAUAACAUCUUAAGUAUUUUGACUCUACUCUUCUACUACAAUUAUAUCUGUGUAGCUUUUGGUGUUGAAAAGGGUCACACUUCCACAAUAGAGGACCUCUUCUUGAUCUACCUCCAGAAAUUUCCAAAGUGUAUCAUACUUAAAUUUUUUGAUGCACGUUUUAAUAUGCUGAAAGGAAACUUUGAAAAUGCACAGUUAAUAUUAGAGGAAUGCAUUUUUAUUCAGAAUGAAUGGAAGCAGCUUAAUCAUCUCUGUUACUGGGAACUCAUGUGGUGCCACAUUUUUCUGCAGGAUUGGAAGCAGGCUUACCACUAUGCUGAUGAGUUAUUUCAAAACAGCAAGUGGUCCAAAGCAAUGUAUUUAUACAGUAAAGCUAUGCUCCUGGCUUUGCUUCCUUCUGGAUUUGCUAAAUCAAUAAGUGAGGACAUGAACUCUCACUUUUUAAAAGUGGAUAGCCUCAGAAUCAGAUUUUUAGGAACUUCUGUGCCAGUAGAAAAGUUUGUCGCUGAGAAGGGUCAGCGCUAUGGUACUACUACAGGCUGGUUUACAGCGCAGCCCCUUCUGGAAUUCGUUUAUGCCUGGAGUGGUUUCCGGAUCAUGAGCAAAAAACUGCAACUUAUUUCCUGCUGGCUAUCAAUAAUUAACAAAGGAGAAGACCUUUUACGAGAAAAUCCAAAUAAAGAGUAUGGCACAGAUGACAUAAGUUUGCUAAAUUUACUGAAAGGUCUGUGUCUGAAAUAUUUAGGCGAAUAUUCGACGGCUGAGCAGUACUUUAUUCGUGUCAUUCAAAAUGAGAAAUUGUUAAAAUAUGACCACUAUUUGGUGCCAUAUACUUACUAUGAACUGGGAAUUCUAUACUAUCUGAAAGGAGAUUAUGUCAGUGCAACAAAAAAUCUAGACAACAUAAAAAACUACAAAGACUAUUCCAUGGAAGCCCGAUUACAGUUUAGGGCUCACAUAGCUCUUGAACAAAUAGCUAAAGAAAAGUGA